UUGUCCGGUGGUGCUGAAAGAAACUUUCCCCGGAGCUGUAAGAGGAGUGUGAAUCCCGGAGAACGGCGCAGCUGGGGAAACGGAGCCAGCUGUGGAUGGAAGCAUUUGUUUUACCUUCGAUACGAUUAAGUGAAGGAACAUCGUUGGCUUGGUAGGAGCGCAAAGGAAUUUGCUCCCGUUUCAAAUCCCUUUCUCCCCCUCGCCCUUCUCGAUUUGAGAUGGGGAAGGAGCAGGAACUCCUUGAGGCGGCGCGCACUGGGAAUCUUGCCGCCGUUGAGAAGCUUUUGUCAGGGAAACGACAGUCCGCAGGGAUCGGUGGUGGAUCGUCGGGAUCCGCUGGAAGCAGCAGCAGCGGUGGACACAGUUCUUCUCACCCCCUCUCCAGUUUACUCAGUAUUUGGAGAGGCCCAAUGUGAACUGUGUGGACAGCACUGGAUACACUCCCCUUCACCAUGCAGCGCUCAAUGGACACAGUGAAGUGGUGGAGCUACUACUGCGCAAUGAGGCCCUCACCAACAUGGCCGACAACAAAGGCUGCUACCCGCUACACCUGGCCGCCUGGAAGGGUGACCAGCGCAUCGUCCGGCUACUCAUCCACCAGGGUCCCUCGCACCCAAAGCUUAACGAACAGAGCUGUGUAGCCAACAAAGAGUUCAAACGCUGUGGCCCGUUUGACCCCUAUAUUAAUGCCAAGAACAACGACAACGAGACGCCGCUCCACUGCGCGGCGCAGUACGGCCACUCGGAGGUGGUGCGGCUGCUGCUGGAGGAGCUGACCGACCCCACCAUGCGCAACAACAAGUUCGAGACGCCGCUGGACCUGGCCGCGCUCUACGGGCGCCUGGAGGUGGUCCAGCUGCUGCUCACCGCCCACCCCAACCUGCUCAGCAUCAACACCAAGAAGCACACGCCGCUGCACCUGGCCUCGCGCAACGGACACCUGCCCGUGGUGGAGGUGCUGCUGGACUCCGGCAUGGACAUCCACUACCAGACCGAGAAGGGCAGUGCCCUCCACGAAGCUGCUUUGUAUGGGAAGACGGAUGUGGUGCAGAAGCUUCUGAGUGCAGGUAUUGAUGUGACCAUUGUGGACUCUAAGGGCCUGACAGCGCUGGACACUGUCAGGGACAUGCCCUCUCAGAAGAGCAGGCAGAUCGCUGGCCUCAUUCAGAGUCACAUGACAGGAAAUGCUCCUGAUAUGGCCCUGCCCCCUCCCCCAAUUCCUCCCCCUCAGGAGAACCUCAGUCCCAGGAGAAAAGGUGAGGUGGAUCAGCAGAUGAGUGAGCUGAUCUCCGGACUGUCGGGAGACCCGGAGGAAGAGAGCCCGUACGAGGCCCUGUUCGAGGCCACCUCCUGCCACUCCCUCGACAGCCUGGCCAGCGGCAAGUCCUCCGACCGCGACUCCGGACGACCGGACAGCGAGGCCGGCAAAGUAAGGCCGCAGUGCCAUCGUCUCAUCAGAGAAAAGGCUAAAGAUCGGCUACCUCCCCCAUCGCAGCCUGGCCCUGGUCAUGAAGAGGAAGGCAGCUCAGAGGCUGUGUACACCAACAGCAGUAUAGACGAGAGGGGAGAGAUGGCGGACGAGGAGGACCACACCUACGAGCUGCUGCUCUCUGCCGAGACCAAGGUCCCCUACCCAGAGCCCCAUGAACCGUCCUCACAAACAGAAGAGGAAGCCAAAUCCAAGUCUUCCAACAGCCUUCUACCUCAGCAGCGGAAGCCCUCUGCACCCAGUGACCUCCGACCCCCGGGCCCGAGCAGCGACACCCUCCACCCCCCUGCGCCCGUGCUGGGGCCUGGUCGGCACAAAACCACCGGAGAGAAUUCCCAGGACGCGGGCGGUGUCGUUCCCGAGCAGUUCACAGGCCUCCUGCACGGCUCGUCGCCGGUCUUCGACUGCCGAGAGGAGCCUUUCAAAGUCCCCAGCGCGACGACGUCCUCCUCCUCCUCUUCCACCGUGCACGGACGGGACGCAGACGCGGACGCAGACGGCGUUGACAGGGACGAGGACGUGCCCUCUCACCCGCCCCCUCCGCCGGCAGCGGCAGCUGUGGCAGCGGCAGCAGCCAUGUCCGCCAUCCUCUCAGACUGUGACCCCAAAGCCAUCUACGCCACUGUGAACAAGGACCACUCCGGGGCCGGGGCUUCGGCCUCGGCCUCCAGCACGCCGCGGAUGCGUCCGCCCGGGGACCUCAAGCUGGCCCGCAGUCUCUCCAAGUCCGACUCCGACCUGCUGGUUUCCCCUCCCAGCGAAGAAGAGGGCGGCUUGGGCAACCGGAGCGAGUCCGUCUCCAACUGCAGCACCAGUAAGAGGAGGCUGGAGAAGUCGCCAUCCUUCACCUCCGAGUGGGACGAGCAGACUCUGAUGUCUUCCAGCGCAAAGCCCAGGAGGCCUCAGUCCUGUGACAGUAUUGAGAAGAUCAUGACGCUGAUCGGCGCUGGCAUCGACUUCUCUCGAGACCAGCAGUACACCGCCUCAGGUGGCGCCGGCGGGCGGCUGCUGGACCAACCCGUGGGCGACUGGCUGGAGCACGUGGGCCUGCCCCAGUACGAGAGCAAGCUGCUGCUCAACGGCUUCGACGACCUCCACUACAUGGGUAAUAAUGUGAUGGAGGAUCAGGACCUGCGGGAGAUCGGCAUCUCAGACCCAGGGCACCGGAGGAAGAUCCUGCACGCAGCGCGCUCCCUGCCCAAGGUGAAGCCGCUGGGCUGUGACGGCAGCACGUCGCUCUCGUCCUGGCUGGACGCGCUGGGCCUGCAGGAGUACCUGCACAACUUCCUGUCCAGCGGCUACCGCACCCUGGAGUGCGUCAAGAACCUGUGGGAGCUCGAGAUCGUCAAUGUACUAAAGAUCACGCUGCUGGGACACAGGAAGAGAAUUAUUGCAUCACUGGCUGAGCGGCCUUAUGAGGAGCCGCCCGUUAAACCCCCGCGCCUCUCCCAGAUCAGAUGCCAGGACCUGAUGUCUCAGCAGUCCUCGCCCCUGAGCCACAUGGACUCGUACACGGGCCGCUCCAUGGACCCGCUGCUGCCCCCCGGGGACUCUGGGAGGAGGCGAGGAGGGCCGCCGGAGCCGGAGUACGACAUGGUGCAGCGGCCGCGCAGCGAGCGGCUCUACUCGCACGAGCGGUACGAGGACCGGCACAGAGAGCCUCGCCUGACCCUGCGACCCCCGAGCCUGGCUGCUCCGUACGCCCCCGUCCAGAACUGGCACCACCAGCCGGAGAAGCUCAUCUUCGAGUCCUGCGGCUACGAGGCUAACUACCUGGGCUCCAUGCUCAUCAAAGACCUGCGGGGAACAGAGUCCACACAAGACGCCUGUGCUAAAAUGAGGAGGUCGACGGAGCAGCUGAGGAAGGUUCCCACCAUCAUCCUCUCCAUCACCUAUAAAGGGGUGAAGUUCAUUGACGCAGCCAACAAGAACAUCAUUGCGGAACACGAGAUAAGGAACAUCUCGUGUGCAGCUCAGGAUCCGGAGGACCUGUGCACCUUUGCUUACAUCACCAAGGACCUGCAGACCAGCCACCACUACUGCCACGUCUUCAGCACAGUAGACGUAAACCUGACCUAUGAGAUCAUCUUGACCCUGGGACAGGCGUUUGAGGUGGCCUAUCAGCUCGCACUGCAGGCGCAGAGGACCAAAAAGCAGCAGGGCAUGCCCGGAGGCGCGGGGUCAGAGGUCAUCGAGACCAAGACCAGCCGGCCGGUGCCCAAGCCACGGGUGAGCAUGAGGAAGUCGGGGGUGGACCCCAUGGAGCUGGAGGCCGACUCCCAGUCUCAGAGCAGCGCCACGUGGCUGGUGGAUCCCAAGGAGUCCAAGCGCACCAUCAGCACCAACUGAAGCUGUGUUGGUGUGGGAGAGGUGAACAGUCUGCAUGUCGGUGGGGGUUGUCUGUGUGGGGGUUGGUUUCGGUGUCAGUAGGGUAACCAAAAUACCCUAGGGCUCCACCAACACCUAGAGUUAACCCUCACCAGCUGUCCGCAGCAGUUAACGGCAUUACAAUUCAAACACUGACAUGAGUGGAGGAACUACUCCAUCCAUUCCCCCCGUCAACCACCACCCUCCUCCAUCCAUCUUGACCCAGCCACACUGAGAACAAAACACAACACAUCACAACUCGACACGACACAAACUGUGGAAGGAGCUGCCGUGUUAGUGAACCAGAAUCCUCAGGGUCGGGCUCACCUGCAAGCAUGACUCACCUGCAAGCAUAACUCUGCUGACCCUAAACCCCCUGGCAGGCAACGGCACGACUCUCCGCUCUCAUCACAAGCUUGGUGUGUGACGUCAUCCCAUCACUCGGGCAUAUUCAUCUCACCUUCAGCGUUCACUGGAGAAUAGACACAACACUCAUAUCCCCUUGACUGUGUGUGUGUGUGUGUGUGUGUGUGUGUGUGUGUGAAUGUGUUUGUGUGUGUGUGAGAGAGAACAGGGAGAUAUGAAGGCCUCCAGUCAGGCCACAAGAGGGCAGUAUGAGUUCCUCAGGUCAUAUUAGAUGUUCUGGGCAUUCCCUCCGAGCCAAUGUGAAUUGAUGAAAAGCAGACUUGUCUUAUUCGUUCCAGUGGUCAAACAAAAAGCAGCUAAAUAUAGAUUGCAUCUAUAGCAACGAUCCAUCACAGGUUGUAAAACAUAGAGCAACUGCUUAUAAUCUGUUCACCCUGGUUGACACCCAGGUGAAAUAGUUAUGGGGAAAACACGCUGUGCAUUAUUUCGUUCAUUCCACCUGAAAUUUGUCUAUUUGUAGUUAUUGAGAAACAGGUACGAUGUUUAUGUUAAAGUUAAUGAUUUUUACAUAGGACUAUUUGCUACCCCGUCUAAAUUUGUGCAAUACUGGACUGGGAGUUGCAUUUCUAAGUAGCACUACCAUAUUGCAUCUGCACCUACCCCUUUAUUGAGUCCAAUUGUUCAAGGGUCAUUCAGAACUAUGGUACAUUCAUAUCCACGUUAUGCCCAAUUCGUUCAGUGAAAUAUAUUGAUGAUUUCUUCUAGACAUGUGUAAAUGAGUUAUAAACUGUGAUCCUAAAAUCGAGUAAGGCUUCUCUUUGCCAUCUGAGACCAGUUGACAUCAUCUCUUCCUGGAUGGAUGUGUUUUGGCUUUUUUAAAAAUAUAUAUAUAUAAUCAGGAGGUAGCAGAGCUUUUAAAGAGUGAAUGGUCAACCAAGCUUUUCUAUCUUUAUCAUGUUUUAGUGGUUUACUCACUCAGAAGUUCAGUGGCUGUCUAAUGAAAUGAGAAGUUUUAAAAAGAAAAAAGGAGAGAAAAUAAAAACAAAAUAAAGAAAAGAGCCAAGAGAACAGUUUUGGGGGAAAAGAAAUCUUCACUGAAGCCAAACAAGUCCAUGCAAAUGUAUUUCUUGAAAUGCAGUUUGAACAGUUCUGAAUGAGACUAUAGAUACUGAUUGCCUCUUUUUGUGGUACAUUUGGAUGUCUGAGGUACAGCGUACAGUACAGUGCUCUGAAGCACGGUGUGCGCACGCACCCCACACGGUCCUGGUCUAGGGGUUUGCACCUUUGCUUAUCACCAUAGCAACUACAAUGGGACUGAUGAGAUUCUAUUGAUGACUAUGAUGAUGUAUGAUGAUGCGAACAUAUGCUAAUGGGAUUGUAAAAUAGCCUCGAGCGAUCUGUAUUUUGAUACUUGAAUGAUUCUGAUUUUAUAGAUAUCUAUAUAUAUAUAUGUAUAUGUAUAUGUAUGUAUGUACUGUAUGUACAGCCUGUAAUGUUUUUUUUUUUCUUUUGUUUGCCAUUUGUCUCGAGCCGAGGGAGGACAAAGUCUUUUUAAAGCGCAACAUAUCAUGAUAGCUAAUUAUUAACAUCUGACUGAGAGUACCUUAUACACUCUGGUGAACCUCACUACAGGAACUGAGAAAAGAAAAGAGAAAAAAAUGUAAAUAAUCUUGGGCUUCCAGUCUUUUUUAUGAUUAUUAUUUUUCAUAAUUGUACGACUAAUAAAUGAAGAAAUGACAUCUAUAGUG